ACAGGUAGAGAAAAAGUAAAAAGGUACAAAUCCUCCAAUGGGAUGGAAACAUAUGAAGUUCAAUGGAUAAGUAAGGCUUCAGCUGCCCAACGUGCAGGGAGAGCAGGAAGAACUGAACCUGGUCAUUGCUAUCGCCGUUAUUCUUCAGCAGUCUUUAAUGACAUAUUCUCUCCCUUCUCAGAUGCUGAAAUAUUGUAAGUACCUGUGGAUGGUGUUGUGCUCCUUAUAAAAUCCAUGCAUAUCGGCAAGGUUGCAAAUUUCCCUUUCCCAACUCCUCCUGAGCCAACUGCCUUAGUUGAAGCAGAGCGAUGCUUAAAAGUUCUUGAAGCACUUGAUGUCAAAGGAAGGUUGACACCUCUUGGGAAGGUCAUGGCACAGUUCCCAAUGACUCCUCGCCACUCUCGUAUGCUCCUUACAGUUAUUCAGAUGAUGCAGAAAGUUAAAGAUUAUACGCAGGCAAAUACAGUUUUGGCUUAUGCAAGUGCAGCAGCUGCCGCUUUGAGCUUGUCAAAUCCUUUUGUUAUGGAGUUCGAACAAACGCAAUCUGAUCCAAUUGGCUUGAAGCAGGAAGGUGAGAGAAGUGAUGGGAAGAAAAAUUAAGGAAAAAGAAGCUGAUAAGUCUCCUGAGCAAAAUUUUUAAACCCCGCUAGUGAUGCUUUGACCAUAGCUUGUGCUAUGCAGUGUUUUGAACUGUCACAGAAUCCGGCAGUAUUCUGCAGUGAAAAUGUAUUACACCUGAAGACCAUGGAAGAAAUGUCUAAGCUGCGGAAGCAGCUUCUUCGUCUAGUGUUUAACUCAAAAUGUAAACUACAGGAGGAUUUCUCAUGGAGUUAUGGGACCAUUGAGGAUGUAGAAGCUGCUUGGAGAGUUUGUGCGAACAAACAUUCUCUUCAAUGCGGUUUCUUACCAAGCUUGCAUGGUUAAUGAAACAAUAUUCCUCCAUUGUCGGUUAUCUGUUUCAAGAUCUGUGCCCGAAUUUUUAGUGUACAGUGAACUGCUACAUUCAAAAAGGCCAUAUAUUCAUGGAGCAACAAGUGUGAAAGCAAAUUGGAUUGUUAAAUAUGGUCAGUUUUUCUGCCCCCCUUCUCAGAUCCAAAACUAUACUAUUGCCCAUUGGCUGACCAUGUUUUUUGUUGGGUUGAUGCUACUUUUUGCCCUCAUCUGUGGGAGCUACCAUGACAUUUUUGGCCCAUAGAAGAUAAUAUGAAAUGUGUAGCGGUGUUUGCCUAUGCAUUGCUCGAAGGUCAAGUCCUACCAUGCUUAAAAGCUGUGAGGAAAUUCAUGGCUGCCUCACCAGAUAGCAUUUUGAAACCAGAGAUGCUUAAGCGUGUUGGGAACCUCUUAAAUAGAUUGAACAGUAGAGGGGGAACUAUUGACAGUUGUGCCAUGCUGAAGAAGUUGCGCGAGAUGAACCCAAGAACUUUUCCAGAAAUAAUGGAUUGGUUUCAAUGAGGAUUUCAUGACCAGUUUGAAGCAUUUUGGACAGAGAUGCUUUCUGAAAUUCAUUUAAGCCCCAAGGAACGAUUCUCCAAGAAAGUCAAGAUCUUUGGGCCAAACAGAGUAGCAUUUUUCUGAACUCCUCACAACAGAUGGAUGCUAAGUCAUUGUCUUGAAACAAACGAUAAUCGGCAAAUGGGUGAAAAGGUAAAAAUUCAUAAAAUAUUGAGCAACGUAACAAUCAGAAGGUGGGGGCUCAAAGCUUGUACAUGCAUGAUGAUGAAGUAUCAACUUGAGGUGGGUCGCUUAUAUUUUCAGAACUAAGACUUGCAUGCGAAAGUGUUAUUGUGUUGUAGGCUAUCCUAGGAACAAUCCUAAUAAAAAAUAUGCCUUAAAAUUCAUCAUUUAUUU